ACGACGCUGUCGGGCUGCCCAACUUGCUGGAUGAUCCUCACAAAAUGCGCCGCCUGCGCCACCGAGCUUGGCUUAUCCUUGGGCAAGAAAUGCGGCCGCUGCAGCACGCGCUACUGCGGACCCGAAUGCCAGGUGCAGCACUGGAAAGAGGGCGGCCACGACCAGCUCUGCAAACCAAUAAAAAAGGCUGGUGGCGCGGAGCAAUACAACGCAAAUAAGAAGUACGCGGAGGCCGUCACAGUCGCCGCGGAGGCGUGCGCGGAGGACACCAAGGGCCAGACGUGCUACAUCUGCACGCAGGCGCUCCAUUGGAAAACAAAGGAGGGCCUCGUGCGCGGGUGCUCGUGUCGUGGGACGGCGGGUUUCGCGCACGUGUCGUGCUUGGCGGAGCAGGCGAAGAUUUUGGUCGCGGAGGCCGAGGAGAACAAUUCAGACGACUCGCAGUGGCAUCGGUGGAACACGUGCAGUCUGUGCGAGCAAGAGUACCAUGGGGUGGUGGUGUGCGCGCUUGGGUGGGCGUGCUGGAAGACGUACCUGGGUCGGCUGGAGGCGGACGAGCUUCGGAUCGGCGCUUUGUCGCUGCUCGGGAACGGUUUAUCUGAUGCAGGACAUAACGAGGACGCGUUGCCCGUGAGAGAGGCCGAGUUGGCUAUGAGGCGGCGCCUUGGCGCCUCAGAAGAAAACAUUCUCGUCGUGCAGAGCAAUCUUGCAAUUACGUAUGGAGAGCUAGGAGACCUUGAGAGGGCCCUAAGCAUGGAGCAAGAAGUAUACUCCGGACGUUUGAAGCUCAACGGCGAGGAUCACGAAGAGACCCUCAUAGCAGCCAGCAACUACGCGACGUCCCUUGUUCGUCUUCAGCGCUUCGGAGAAGCCAAGUCGCUGCUGCGCAAAAUAAUGCCCGUGGCGCGGCGCGUUCUCGGAGAGAGCCAUCAACUCACGCUCACGAUGAGGUGGAAUUACGCGAUGGUGCUCUACAAGGACGCCAGUGCCACGCUCGGCGAUCUCCGCGAGGCCGUGGAAACGUUCGAGGAGAUUGAACGGACAUCGCGGCGCGUGUUUGGUGGCGCGCACCCAAACACGCGAGGGAUCGAGGUAGCCCUGCAGGAGGCGCGAGAAGCCCUUCGCGCCCGCGAGGCGCCGUCAGCGAGUGUGUAAGAAGGUAC